UACAAGUUAGCUUAAUAAUGCAAAAGUAACAACCACUUAGCUAAAGUGAACUAGCUAUCUCCUGUUAGCGUUAGCAUGAGUUUUGUUUUUGAGGGUAGGAUAGGUGGCAUGAAGCGAGUUUGUGCUGAUAAACGAACUUAAAGUCGGUUAAAUUAAGAGACAGGGACUUUGGUCGUCCUGCAGUGUGAUGGGUUCACGUUAACAUCCAGGAGAGCAGACACGUUCAGCACCAUGGCCCUCGCUGAGGAGCAGCCUGAGAAACACUGUUGGGUGUGUUUUGCUACUGAGCGGGACGACCACAGUGCAGAGUGGGUGAGCCCCUGCAGGUGUAAAGGCUGCACUAAAUGGAUCCACCAGUCGUGUCUGCAGCGCUGGCUGGACGAGAAGCAGAAAGGAAACAGUGGAGGAGCAGUGAGCUGUCCACAAUGUGGCACCGAAUACCAUAUCACCUUCCCCAAGAUGGGCCCGUUGGUGUAUUUCCUCCAGCAGGUGGACAGCGCUCUGUCCCGGGCCAGUCCCUUCACUGCAGUCGGCGUGGUGGUCGGGACCGUCUACUGGUCAGCCGUCACAUACGGAGCUGUGACUGUCAUGCAGGUUGUGGGACAUAAGAAGGGUCUGUAUGUGAUGGAGCGAGCCGACCCGCUGUUCCUCUUGAUGGGUCUGCCCACGAUCCCUGUGGUGCUGGUGCUGGGAAAGAUGAUCCGCUGGGAGGAUUAUCUCGUGAGGCUGUGGCAGAGAUACGUCUACAAAGGGAAGUUCCCACCAGGCCGUCACCUGCCCAGAGUCCCUGCUGACGGGCUCGGUGCAGGAGAUCACCUCUCUGUGUCCAGGACUCUGUGCGGAGCGCUCGUCUUCCCCUCCAUCGCCAGUCUGGUGGGACGGCUGCUGUUUGGACGGAUGCCCUCGAAUCUUCAGCGCACGAUGCUGGGUGGCAUCGCUUUUGUGUUGAUCAAGGGAGUGUUGAAGGUGUAUUUCAAACAGCAGCAGUGCAUCAUUCAGGCCAGCCGGCACAUCCUCAACUACCCGGAGAGAAGCAGAGACGGACAGUCUGAAGGUGCAGAGGAGGAGGACACAGAGGACAGUGGGAAUGAAUAGUUUCACUACCGUGGAUAGAGGAGGAAGCCGUGGGGCGGAGAUGGUGGUGCAAAAGCAAAAUGUAUUUUACUAUGAAACACAAUGGAAAGGUGAGUCUGGGUAAGAAGGUGUAGGUCUGUCACAACAUCUGAGCAGCCUGCACACUUCUCACCACUAAAACUAACUGUCGUAGAUAGUAAUGGCCUCCUGCGUCCUUCUCAUCCUCACAUUCUCGUCUCAAUGACAGAAGAUACUUGAAGAUAUUUAUAAAAUCUAAUUUCUUGCCUUAUCUUAGAGACUCUCAGCUGAACUGUUUGUUCGGGAAUCACAAGUGAGCUCGGGUGUUUCACACUCGGCAGUUAUCUGCUUCCUUUGAUUGCUUGUACACCAGAAACACGGUCGAAUGAUUCGUGGAGGGAAUUAAAGAAAGAUUUCUCCUGGAGGGUUUUUAAAUAUUGUUAUUAUCAUCACAUGUAGAGACACUUCCUCAUACUCACAAUCAAUUCCAGCAGUUUGUUUCCACUGCUGAACUUUGACUAUUUGUUAAGUUCAUGUUCGUUUAACCCUUGUGCUUCACAUUAAAAGAGUUGCUCUCAUGUCGGAAAUACAAACUACCAUAACUACCGAAUAUGAAUUCAUGCAUACUAAAUGCUAAUCGGGAAUUUGUCUUGUUAACUUUUCACUGUGCAAUAUGUCAAACAUUAGCAACACAAUUGAAUACUGAUCUGCUGUGAACACUGACUGUAACCAGGUCAGUUCUGGUCUGAUGGAAGGUCAACGAUCAUUCUCACCCUCACACACGUCUUCCUUCUCUGUGCCUUAUCUGAAGCACUUCUCUUAACAGUGCUGGACUGUAACAUCAGACCUGCUGAUGACCCUUCCCGAUAGUUUCCCUUUCAUUUAUUGCAUCAAGGUUUGUGGAUUGUUUUCCUACGAGCUCCUUUUUUAAAGAUCUUUGAAUACGUGGGCUCUAACUGUACUGACUUAUAACAUAUAUAUAUAACAUACACAGGGAUGCUGCUUCUUGCAGACACAAUCAGUCGACCUGCUGAACUCUGAUCCCGGUUAUUUGAUGCAACUGACUUGCGUAACCUUUAAAGCUCUCGCACAGUUCACAGUGUGAGGUGUCGUGAUAUCUCUCAGGAGAACUAAUCAGCAUUUCAUAUUUGUGUUGGACAUGAGUUGACAGUUUGCACGUUCUCUUGUGACAAAGAUAUGUUUGGAAUAUAUUCAGUAAAACUAAGAGUUUGAGAUUUAUUAUGUUUGAAGCAAAAAUUAUUAUGCUGUGCUCAAAUGAAUUUCUUAGAAACAAAAAAGGAGGUCCUGGUCAUCAUAAGACUGAGAAACCCUUUUAGAAAGUAUUUGUUUUCUUUGAAAAUCGUGUCCUCUGCUUUUGCCAAAUGAACAUGCUCUGGGACUUUUAAUUGCACAAUUUCCUUUCAUUAUUUGUAUGUUAAAAGGAGCUCUUAUUUUAUGUCUUGGUGAUUCAUUUGUUUAAUAAAGCUCUUUGUAAAACAA